UCACAAAUUGCAGGAUUUGGUACUUUUUGUGAGCGACAGCCGACCGUGAUGCUACGCAGUCGCUCACUUGUAGUUGUACCCUCACUCGCCCGACCCUCUUCUCUUUUCUCCUUCUUCUUCAUCAAAUUCCCACUUGUACCCAGCUGCAACACCCGCCGCCCGCCUCUCUGCUAUCACACAUCCCCCCGUUUGUUCCCCAAACCCUUACCCAGCAAUGAAUGUUUCCCUUGCUUGUCCGUCAACAAGAUGCACCUCUCCACUCUCACGGCCGCCGCCACUCAACCGAUUCACGGUUCCUCCGCUUCAUUGCCUGCCGAUACAACCCUUUCCAGUAGAGCCAGGAAAAAAGCAAGGCGUGAAUCGCCGGAGGGAGUGCUUAGGCAUAAGCUAGACAUUUGUUCGAAGAACGGGGACGUGGCUGAAGCGCUGCGCCUUUACGAAGAGGCGCGGGGAAAUGGGGUCCCGCUCAGCCAACACCACUACAAUGUGUUGCUUUAUUUGUGCUCUUCUUCGGAUGGGGUUUUGGGUUUGGAGAAGGGUUUCGAGAUCUUUCGGCAGAUGGUGACAGAGAAUAUCGUUCCCAAUGAGGCCACUUUUACGAGCGCUGCGAGAUUGGCUGCUGCUAGGGAAGACCCAGAAAUGGCUUUGGAUUUGGUUCAGCAAAUGAAGGGGUUUGGUAUCGCGCCCAGGUUGAGGUCUUAUGGGCCGGCUUUGUUUGGGUUCUGCGAGAAGGGGCUGGCGGAUAGAGCUUAUGCAGUCGACGCGGACAUGGUUGCGUCAGGGGUUGUGGCUGAGGAGGCUGAACUUUCUGCCAUUCUCAAAGUUAGCGUUGAUGCGAGGAGGGCAGACAAGGUGUAUGAGAUAAUGCACCGGUUGCGGGCCACGGUGAGGCAGGUCUCGGAGACAACUGCUGGGAUUGUUGAGGGUUGGUUUAAAUGUGAAGAGGCAGCAAAAGUGGGGGAGGAAGCUUGGGAUGUGAGUAAGGUGAGGGAGGGAAUUGUGAGGGGAGGUGGAGGGUGGCAUGGCCAAGGGUGGCUGGGCAGUGGGGAUUGGAGGCUGACCAGGACUCGCAUGGAUGAGACCGGCGUUUGUGGUUCGUGCGGCGCCAAGCUUGUUUGUAUUGAUAUUGAGCCUAAGGAGACCCAAAAUUUUGCUUCCUCAUUAACCAACUUGGCUUGCAAAAGGGAGGUUAGGGCUGAUUUUGUUCGGUUCCAGGAUUGGCUUCAGCAACAUGGUCCAUUUGAGGCAGUUGUAGAUGGUGCCAAUGUGGGUCUUAUCAACCAACAUAGUUUCAACUUUUUCCAGCUUAAUACUAUUGUAAAACAACUACGUCAAAUGAGUCCUUCGAACAGAUUGCCCCUUAUUAUCUUGCAUAAAAAUCGUGUAACUGGCGGUCCUGCUCAGCAUCCCAAUAACAAGAUUUUGUUAGAGACUUGGAAAAAGUCUGGUGCACUUUAUGCUACUCCUCCUGGUUCAAAUGAUGAUUGGUACUGGUUAUAUGCUGCUGUCAGUUGUAAGUGUUUACUGGUGACAAAUGAUGAGAUGAGGGACCACUUGUUCCAACUGCUAGGUACUAGCUUUUUUCCAAGAUGGAAGGAAAAGCAUCAGGUUCGACUGUCGUUUUCACACCGCGGGGCAGCUCUCCACAUGCCUCCCCCUUAUUCAAUUGUUAUUCAGGAGUCAGAAAAGGGUAGUUGGCAUGUUCCAACGACCACAGGUGAUGAUCUUGAGACCCCAAGGCUGUGGUUGUGUGCCACUAGAGCCAAGGAUGCAUCAUCAUCAUC